AUGACUGAAUCCAUCGAGUUCAUUGACAUCAUGGAUAGUGAUGAUUCUCUUCCCAUCCAUGAAGAGUCCGACGCGGCCUCUAGCCAACCCCCCUUAGGAAGUCCGAUGGGCCGAGGCUCGCCUACCCUUGACUGCACAGCCAAUACUGGAAGAACAGUCAGCCAGCAGUCACCCAUUCUCAUGAUCCCCAGCAGUAAGCGAGGCCCCAAAAUCCGGUCUGGGGUAUGGCUCUCUGCAGGAAUUCCCCGUGAGUAUUUGGUGAAUGGUAUUCCCAUCGCCGGAGUCAUCAACGAGCGUGGAGUCCCUCGGCCUUCGUUGAGAGGACCCGAUAUAUGGCCUACGGAAGAUACUAUCGAAGAAGUGGGCAGGAUGGCUGAGCAUAAUGACUGGUCAGCCAUCCAAGAGAGCAAAUCGGUCUUCCACCUCGCUGGACCACACAAGAAUCAGCUGCGUGAUGCAUACAUCUGGAUUGCCCUGCGACAAAAGAAGAAUGGCAGCUCUGUCAUGUCCGAGUCAGCUAGGAAUCGCCUCGUUCCGAAGUGGCGUGAGCUUGUCGACUCGAAGAAUAACGCUCCUCCCCCUGCAACCUUUGACUUGCGCUGGAGUGGAGCUGGAACGGAAUCUUCAAAUAGCUCGCAGAUUGACUUACAAGGGAUAUUUGAGCGCCUUGAUGUUCAAAAUACCGUUGUUGAAAAACUUGAAGAGCAAAUCGAGAGACAAGGUGCAGCUAUCCAACGGCUUGCUGAUAGUAUUGACGCAGAAGCAGUCAUCAAUCAACAGGUGGUAGCAGGACUUCGACAGGUUGAGCGCGCUCUGGAGGGACCCUUGGGGGGAUGCCGGCAGCAGUAG